AUGAGCUAAUUGGCCAACACAUGUGCCACCUGGCCAAACACCUCAAUGGUUAAUUGUUACCACUUCAAUCAGGAAGUAAGCACUAUGAAAAGACCACAGGUGAGCGAGCACCUUUUGUUUUACAACAACAUUGGAAGCUGUUGCAGAGAGAGGAAGAGGAAGAGGGAGGGUGAGAAUGAGAGGGGAAGGAAGAGUGAGAGGUAUGGGUAGAGCUGGUAGAGUAGUUCAUGGCCAAAGAAGAAAACAUCUUUCAAAUGAAAUCAGAGAAACCUUAGUUGAUCAUGUCAUCAACCAAGGGUUGACAAUGUGAGAGGCUGGACAGAGAGUGCAGCCCAACUUGAGCCGUUUCACUGUCGCCUGUGUCAUCCGAACAUUUAGACUGGAGUAGAGGACUGAGAGACGCAACCAUGGUAGAGGAAGGGGCCAAAUGUUCACUGGGGUACAGGAAGCUAAGAUUGUAAACUUGGUUUUGGAAAAUAAUGAAAUCAGAUUACGAGAAAUUCAAAGCCACAUCAUCCAAGACAACACCAUAUUCAACGAGUCAGUCUGUCCACAUUGGCUCGCGUUCUCACGCGAAACCAAAUCAGAAUGAACCAACUUUAUAAGGUGCCGUUUGAGAGAAACUCUCAAAGAAACCAAGAGGUCAGACGAGCAUAUGUGGAUGGAGUACUGGAAAUGGAUGCUCAUGCAAUCCCACAUGAGUUCAUCUUUAUAGAUGAGGCUGGGUUCAACCUAGCAAAGACCAACAGAAGGGGGAGAAACGUCAUUGGCCACAGAGCUAUUAUAGAUGUUCCUGGCCAACGUGGUGGGAACAUCACGAUGUGCGCUGCCAUCUCCAAUACGCAUGGGGUCCUCCACCGUCAUGCCAACCUUGGACCAUACAACACAGCCCAUAUUCUCACAUUUCUGGACAGACUCCACAACAUUCUCAUUCCACCAGAGCGUAUGAAUGAUGCAGACCAUCAAAGAACCCGGUACGUUGUAGUAUGGGACAACGUGAGCUUUCAUCGUGCAGCCCCAGUCCAAAACUGGUUUACUGACCACCCACCAUUUCUCGUGCAAUACCUCCCACCAUACUCACCAUUUCUGAACCCCAUAGAAGAGUUGUUUUCGGCAUGGCGGUGGAAGGUAUACAACCAGCAGCCCUUUGUGCGCAUGCCUCUUGUGCAGGCCAUGGAAGAGGCAUGUGAUGAGAUUGAUGUGGGUGCGAUUCAGGGAUGGAUAAGGCACUCGAGGCACUUCUUCCCUCGAUGUCUGGCCAGGGAAGAUGCUGCCUGUGAUGUGGACGAGGCGUUGUGGCCAGACCCAGCUGUGUGGCAAGAUGCUGCCUGUGAUGUGGACGAGGCGUUGUGGCCAGACCCAGCUGUGCGGCAAGAUGCUGCCUGUGAUGUGGACGAGGCGUUGUGGCCAGACCCAGCUGUGUGGCAAGAUGCUGCCUGUGAUGUGGACGAGGCGUUGUGGCCAGACCCAGCUGUGCGGCAAGAUGCUGCCUGUGAUGUGGACGAGGCGUUGUGGCCAGACCCAGCUGUGUGGCAAGAUGCUGCCUGUGAUGUGGACGAGGCGUUGUGGCCAGACCCAGCUGUGCGGCAAGAUGCUGCCUAAUUAUUUUUCUUGCCUCUUUUUUUCGCUAUAUUUUUUCUGCACAUUUUUUCUGCAAUUUUCUUUUUCCGUUUACUGUUUUUUUGUGAGCACAUUUUUGUUCAGUCCAAUGUAAAUAUAUCUGCUGUGCAUAUGUUGCACAAUGUUACACUGACUUGUUUCAAAUGCAUGUGUGUGUAUCUGCAAAUAUUUCUGUGCAUCUGAAGAUUUUCUACAAUUUGAACUAUUUUAGUAUUAUGGCAAAGCAUACUAAAGAUGAGAGUGCUUUUCAUUAUGCCCAACAUUGUGUACUUGGUUAGCCAAAAAUCUGGUAAUAUGAAUGAAGUGUGUGCCAUUUCGUGCAAACGUUUGAUUUUGAUAAUGCUAUAUGUAGUUUUGGUUGCAGUGCUUCAUUUCGCAGGAUAUAUGAGGUAUUUUGCAGUUUGGGUGUGUGGUUUUGGGAAUUGUGUUAAGUAUUUUGAUAAAACCAGCCUAGUUUGCAAAAUUGUGUUUUAGCAAUUGGGAAAAACUGUAAAGGUUAAGACAUGGAUUGUGUAUGUGUGCCAUUCAGAGGAUGAAUGGGCAAGACAAUAUAUUCCUGUGCCUUUGAACGGGGUAUGGUAGUAGGUCUCAGGCGCACCGGUUUGAGUGUCUCAAGAACUGCAACGCUGCUGGGUUUUCAUGCUCAACAGUUUCCCGUGUGUAUCAAGAAAUGGUCCACCACCCAAAGGACAUCCAGUCAACUUGAUAAAACAGUGGGAAGCAUUGGAGUCAACAUGGGCCAGCAUCCCUGUGGAACACUUUCGACACCUUGUGGAGUGCAAGCCUCAACAAAAUUUGAGGCCGUUCUGAGGGGCUGUUCUGAGGGGUGGCAACUCUAUUAGAAAGGUCUUUCUAAUGUUUGUAUUCUUGAUCUCAAUACAACAUUGAUAAAUGUGUACAAACUCUGGUGCUGCAUUAUAUGUUCAGGAAUAUAGGCCUGGACCGUUCAGGGACAACUUCAUGCAGAAAAAGACACAUUCAACAGCAACACAAUCACAACUCUGGCAUAUUUACAUUGAUGUGAUCACUGAAAAGGUUGAUUAAUGUGCACUGUGCAAGUAAGUCAGUCUAAUAGUCCCAUGCUUAGUGAGAGGCAUUAGGAGGAGUCCCAGCACUCCUGGUAAUCAGGUCAGUCUCUCUUAAUUACCCAUCAUCCUCCAGAUCCAAUUAAAACCAUAGCCUUGUUAAACUCUCUCUCCCUCUCUCUCCCUAGCCUCACCAUGCCUCAUCCUUCCAUCUUUCUCUACUCUCCAUCUCUCUCUCUCGUCCUCCAUAGCCAAGCCUCCUCUCACACUCUCCAUUUAAUGACAGUCUACCACUGGCUCUUGCUUCCCUUCCUUCCCCCUCUCACUCUCUCCUUCCCUCACUCUCUGACUGUCAAUCUGUUCUAAACCAUCCUUGGGUAUCCUCAUUUCUCCCCCUAACUCAAUGUAUGUUCCCUCCCUUCUCUCUUCCCUUCUCCAGUCUGUCCAGAACUGUCACGUCACUGUCCUCUGUAUUGUUCAUGCUGUGGUCUUGUCUCAGAGAGUUUUCAUGAAUCAUGCCUGCU